AUGCUAUGUUAUGUUUUGUUGAAGUUUCAUUUGAAAAGUCAAUACAAUAUAGCAUUUAGAAAAUUCGAAGAUGUGGAUUUCAAUCGAUUUGGAGAUGUUUUAUCUGCUUACAAAAACGCCAUACAACACGAAAAGCAACUGUCAGCAUUGAAGGAGAAGUUCGACUUUGGACUUCUACAGAAUAAGUUUAAGAAUGAAUCGUGCCCAUUAAGGAACUUGACUUUGAUGGACGAAAAAUCCACAACAGCACUUCUAAGUUAUCCUGCAUCCGGAAACUCGUGGACCAGACAUCUUAUCGAGCAACUUUCAGGAAUAUCAACAUGUGCACCAUCCAAUAGAAAGAGAGGCUGUAUCGUGUUCAAAAUGCACAGGCAUACGCCUGAAGUUCUGAAACGAUUCGACAAUGCUAUAAUUAUCAUAAGGAACCCGUUGUAUUCUUCGAAGUCAUUUUUCCAUUUCAAAUAUGGAAAACAAAAAGACAAGCCACUGUCUAAUCGCACCGCAAUAGAGAGGCACAAAGGGUAUGCAGAUCCGUCAUUGUUCUUUUCGUCAAAAUGGACAAAUCAUGUUACAAAGGGACUGCUUAAGUGGAGAAAUUCAUACAUAGGCUGGCUGAAUGUGUUUAAAAGGAAGGGUAUGAUACUUGUAUAUGAGCAUAUGCAACAAAAUCUCGUAGAAGAUAUGACAAGGAUAGUUCGAUAUCUUAAAAUACCGGUAACCCCGAGGGACUUCUGGUGUGCUUUUGUGAAUCAGGAGGGGAAAAAACAUCGAAUCCCGGAGAACAAAACGGUGACCAAAGUAUCCAAUAUCUUUACGGCAAAACAAAAGAGGACCGCUCUCAAGUAUGUUUGUGAAGUGUCAAGGGUUGCCAGAGAUCUGGGUAUAGACUUAGACAUCUCACAAUGGACAGAUCUAACAGAGACGCCAAAUACGACGCUGUGCUUAUAG